CCGGGCCUGAAGUAAGCCGGGCUUUCCAGCGGUUUAGUUUUUUAUGCUUGCGAUUGGAGUAACCAGGUAACAAUUCAGGGGUAUUUUUACUUCUUCCCUUCUUCCAGUCAGGUAGGUUUAAAAUUUAAAUUUACUUUCUACGGCUUGGAGAAGUUCUGGGACUAUUUAGGUGUCGUUACAUCACACUGGUAAAGCACGAAAAAAAGCGAUUUUGGGUCGCUGUUGAAGAAAGUAUUAAACCGUCCUUGCAAAGUACAUUGAAGCAUAGUUGGUCUUCUGCUAACUAUGAUUGAAGUUUAAGUAACUGGGCCUAGUUGAACUGCAGUGUGAGGUCUCCUUCCUACAUGCCCAUAUCAUGGUGCAAACGGAAUACUUAUUUAGAGUUAGAUAACAGGUCGCAUUAGCAGAAAAGAAAUCCCAUUUUCUGUGUGUGGAGUGUUAAGUACAAACUAAUAAUUAAAGGUGUACUGUGAUGCAAGUGGUGGGUUUUCAUUCCAAGAAGUAAGACUUUUUGCAGUGAUAUAAAAACAUCAAUAUUUCAGGGUUACUGACUUUAUUCCAAUCAAUUCACUUACUGCUAGUUAGUAGUAUAAGAAAAACAAAUCAUUUUAAGUGAAUGAAUAAAUAAUGAUCUUUUAAUUAAAAAUGACUGGUGGGACUGAGCAAAUUAACAGAAACAAACAAAUCCGAUAGUAGUGAAGUUUAAACUUUCAUCUGAUCUAGAUACUUUAAUUAGUUUGUUUUAAUUUAACGUUUACCACAACUAAGUGUGGUUUUAUUUUUAGCAUAUGCAUAUAGACUUGUUUACAUAUAGGCCCAAAACAAUGAAAAAUCAGGUGCCAUUCUGAUUUAGAAUGCAAAAGGCUACACUUAAGAAGCUGUUAGGGGAUUUUUCUAAGGAUCUGAGCAAAAAUCGAGCCAGUGUGGCUGUGCUGGACGGUGCGAAUUUGGGUUUUGUAUAUUCAGAAUGAUCACUGACCAUUGCAGGCAUCUGUGACAUGUCGCGAAAAUGGAAAUGCUCCUGACCAUCUUGAGCAAACUUACCAGCAAUAAUGUACCAUUUCAAGUUUUUCUUUGUUCAGUCAGCAAAAUCAGGGAUGGUCAGGAAACAGCCAAAUCCACGAUAAUAAAUUCCUUAAUCUAAAACAAUUCUUUGAUUUGUAAGUGGUAUCUUCACUGGUCAGCAGAGCAUAAAACCUGGCCUCCUUUCUCAGGAUUUUCUUGAUUUGCCCCUGACAAUUCCUUUGCCUCUUUCCCUAGUUAGUUGGACUAAAUGAGUUAAUGUUCAAAUAACUACAAUGGCAGUCAAAAGAAUUUUGGACAAGGUGGAAAAACAAAAACAAUUAUUGGGUGGGUUUUGGGUUCAUCCCUUCUUCACCCCACUGCCCUCAAAAAUUUUGUGAUACCCCAUUUUGCUCACAAUUCAACAUUGUCUGGGAGGGAGUGGAGAGGGUGCCAGUUUACUAAAAUUAUAUCACUUUUUAGAUCCCAACACUUUUGAUCCCCAUUGUACCAAUUUCUUAAUAUCUUUUCGCCCCUGGAGAUUUUGUUGAAAAACGUGCUUUGCAGCUAUAGUUGAGCGGUUUUCUAGUCACUGUCGUGUCAUAGAGAGCUAAAACUUACCACACAGCCGUUUACAGGUCAUACUCUUCGCGCCAGAUGCAAAAUAUUAGCUUGCGAAGUUCGGGCUUGCACAUAAAGCAAAAUUUUGAGAUAGUUUUUGGGUUUAAAAGAGACAUAUAGCAAUCCUGACUUUUACCUUUCACUUUCUCUUCUCCCCUCCUUUUUCACUUUUCCUGCUUCAUUUUUUCUUCUUUUGCUGGGCAUUUAGUAGGCUUCAUUUUUGUGGGAAAAGUUUUCAGGGAUGCUUUUAGGAUCUUAAUUAGGAUUAGAUGAAAGGAAAGGUAGGAGGGUAGUGGAACAAGAUUUUCAUGGAAAUUUUCAGGUCAAUGGUGGUUUUUUGCCUUUUUCUCUGGUGUCUGUGGCUGAAUAUUUUGUGCUCAUUCUGGUAUGGUUUGAAAGAUCUCUCCACUCGGCACAAGUUAGUGAACUAAGUUGUCCUUGACCAUUAAAACUGAUGAUAUCACAAGCGGUAGAAGGGAGGUUGAUCUGCACUGGCACUUUACUGGUGCCUCAGGGGCGAAUGGGUGAAAAAAUAAUUUUAUUCAUCUGAUUCUGUUUUUUUGUUUUUCUUCUGUAGGUUUGGCGCAGUAUCAUAAAUGGGUUUUGGGGAAAGAAAAUUCUUAGAAGCUGCCCACGAAAUAGACAAUAUUACACUGGAUGGAUUUGAAUUUUUAACAGAAUCCAAAAAGGAAUCUGUUGAGUGUAAAAUUUACAGAAAAUAUGAGGAGGUUGGUUACAUGUUUAUCUACAGUCAAACACCUGUUAAGUGGUCACCUUAAAAUAUCUGAUUUACUGCAUUAACUUGAGGGUAGCUUGGCAUAUACUGCAUUGAUCACAAAUUAAAAAUGAAGCUGUUCACUCAGGGUACUUGUCACUUUUGACGAGCAUCUGACGUCUUUACUAGCCACUUUUGGUACUUAGAUGAAAUAUCUAAAAGAGUAUCUGGGAAAUUAAUGUAGGGGUCCUGAUGAGAUUGAAAAAUUUAAUGUAUUAACUAACCUUAGCAAGCUUAGAAUUUACAAAUCUUCUAUUUUGCCACAAUUAACUUAUUGUCAGAUGGUCUGGUACUUUUGUAGAAAAUCUGAUCACUGAAAGUUUGAGAGACUCCAAGAGAAUGCGCUUAGAUCUGUGUAUUAUGAUAAAAGUAGUGCAUACGAUGAGCUUCUUGUAAGGGCUAAACUCCCCUCACUGCUGAACAGAAGGCUUAAGGGGAUAGCAAUAGUAAUGUACUAAGUCAAUUAUAAUUUAUGCCUUAGUUAUAUAUCCGAUAUUUUUAAUUUAAGCAACCGAAGUUAUAACCUGAGGAGUUCAGACAAUUUUAUGAUUCCGAGAAUAAAUAAGUUACCACUUAUGGGAAACACAGUAUUACAUAUUUUGGCCCUGUAAUAUGAUCCAAAGUAAGUAUGCACAUUAAGAGUUCUGUAACACUUACUUCUUUUAAGAACCAGGCGAGAAAAGUAGACAUUGAGAACCUUCUUAGAACUGACACCUGUGAGAACUGUCACCUGUACUAGCGUAACUCUUAAUGGGGUGGGCAGGGUUUCUGAGUUUGUUUCUUUGUUUGUUUAAUUUUUUUGGGUAGUUAGGUAGUUAUAAUUAAUUAGUUCUAUUUGAAAGGAAAGGUAGUUGGGCAAUGGAACAAGAUUUUUGUGCAGAUUUUCAGGUCAAUCUUACAUGGUUUUUUGCCUUUUUCUCCGGUGUCCUUGACUGAAUUGUGAUCAUUCUGGUAUGGUUUGAAAGAUCUCUUCACUCUGCACAAGUUAGCGGACAAAGUUGUCCUUGACCAUUAAAACUGAUGACGUCAUAAGUGGUAGAAAGGAUGUGGAUCUGCACGGGCAGUUACGGGCGUUUCAGUAGUGAAUGGGUUAAUGUAAAGAAGGGUAGUGGAGCCCGUGUGUUGGCCAAGUGCUAACAACUCAAACUUUGAAUCUGUCCGAGUUAAUUCCUUGUCGUUGUGAUGCUUUCUUAACAAAGAAGACUUCACUCCACUUUGCCUUUCUCUCCCAACUAUAUUGAUUUUAAUAUUACUACAGCUGUAUUUGAUUUUUUGGAAGAAAUUGUUGCUAUCAGAAGUUUAGACUGCCUCAUCACCAAUCUUCACAUUCUUUAAAGGCUUCUGGCCCAAAAAGACACACACCCUGUUCAAGACUCUAGACCUUGGAAAAUCAUGCCCUUUUCAGUGGCACAUACAUGCUUAGGCCAAAUAAGAAAGUGCCCUAUCUGAGCCUUAUGUACCCUGCUAGCAGAGUCCCUUCGAUCUUUCCCAGAUGAGUCUAGGAAGAUCGAAGGAGACUCCGUUUGCAAGGUAAGCCUUAUGUAAAGAUGGGUAUAAAAGGCACAGGGAACCCAUGGAGUUAGAGCUUGACCUUGUUUUUACCACUUGUGUUUUGUUCCACCGUACAGGUGUCAGGAUUGUAUGAAUAUAAAAUAAUGGGGUCAAUUUCAGAUGUUCUUCCUGAUGUAUGCAAACAGGUGUACAUGGACCUAGAGUAUAGAAAAAACUGGGAUGAUUACGUUUAUGGUAAGUAAGCAAUGGGAAAAAGUAGAUAUUGAAGUGAGGCAUCCCUAACUGAAAAUUAUAAUAAAAUACCCCAAAUGUUAAUCCCCAUCUACAAAGGCCCAAAAGAAAUGUAUCACUGGACAAAACCUCCCCCCUUGAAGCUUGUUCUACAGGUUCAAAUCCCAACGAGUGUGUAUAAAAUGCGAGCCAGCGAGUCAUGCGAGCCAUGCAGCCCAUUGAAGAAUCAUUGAAAAAAACUACCAUAAAAAUCGAAAACAGCAAUACGGAAAACGUUAACUGAACGCUAACCAUUGUAAAUAAGUGUUUCACCCUAAACAGCUCUUAACCCUAGCGCUAAAAUGAGUGCUUAACCCUAAUCAGUAUAAUGAUUGCUCAACUCCUCAUCUGUGAAUUUGCAGUUUAAAUUUACUUGUGUUUCCUCUUUUUUUACCGAUUGCCUCGCAUGACUCAUGUGGCUCGCUGGCUCCCAGUUUGUCAAGACCCAAUUAGUAACCUGUCUCUCACAAUAAGUUUCCCAUGAUCAUUCAUUGUUUUUAAUAUAUUUUAUAGAACUCUAUGAAUUUGAGGAGGAUGGAGUUAAAAACAUAUACUGGAGUGUGAACUAUCCUUGGCCAAUGUCAAAUAGAGAUGUAUCCUUCAGUACUUUACAUCUGUGAUGCAUGCAAAUCUCAGACUAUCUAUUCUCUUUAUUUAAUACUAACAUUACACCUGUAGCUUACAUUAUUAAAUGCCAGUGAGAUUAAAAUUGAAUUAAAAGAUUGUUUAAUUUUUGAAGGUGUAGGAUAGUGGAAGUCACUAGAGAGGAAUCUCUUAGAAAUAAUUUAAUAGUAGUAAUAGGGGGGCACUUCCAGAUUAUCAAAUCAUUGUGAUAUGCGCUGAAAUGGGGUAUCAGACAGUGACCGCGGAGCAAGGUGAAAAGUGGGAGGGCUGGCAAUUGAAAAUCGAAAAAAGGAAUAAAGAUUCAUUGCAAGAAAAGACGCGAUUAUAUUACAAUGUUAGUAUAGAAAAUACUACACUGGAGUGAUCUGAAAAAUUUCUAACUAUGGCCGUUCACUGUUCACGUAAUGUAAUUCUUCUUACCAUCGAAUAUUUCAUUGAUUCGAAAAGAGAAAGACAAAAUAUAAAACUUUUAUCAGCUCAAAACAAUUACUCACCUUCGUUUGGCUUGAAAAAGCUAGUAAUUUUCUUCAUUUCGUCUGAUAAAACUGAUAAAAAACUCUGCCGGAACUGGAAGUACAAAACACACUGCCGAACGAAGCGAAGGGGUGGCCAAGGCAUGGCGUUUGAUCAAGGGGCAAGUCGGCCCCAGGGCACAAUUACUGCGAAAAUUAAAGCACAGGAGUCCCACAAAAUGCCUGGCCUUUGAAAUUCAAGAAAAUACAGAGAAUAUAGUGGAGUAUAGAUGGGAAAAUACUUGUUUCAAGUCUUUUUCUUUUAUUUUAAUUUUUUUUCUUUUUAGUGCAAAAAGUAGGGGCGGGGGCGCAAAAAAGUGGUGGGGCCGUGGCCCUCCCCGCCCCUCCCCCUCCGUGGUCCCUGUCAGAUCAUUUUCAAAGGUCCACCCAAAUCACAGGACAAACAACUGGUUCUCAUCAAAGUGGGAGAACAUUAUCAUGCUUGUAACUCUCUAACAGGAUUGGUCCAUUUGUACCAUGUGACCCAAAUACUGGUCGCUGAUUGGCUACUGGCGGAAGUGCCCCCUAAAUACUACUUUUAAUAAACCAACAUGUGAUACAUAAAACCAUGAAAGAUGUGGAACAAGUUAAGGGUGGGCAAUAACUUGUUUCUGAAACUUUUGAUCUGAUCUCAAAAUCAAGGAACUGUUUGUGAUUAUGUUUAUUGAAGUUUCAUGAUUUUAAGUUUUUUUACCACAAUGUCUUGAAUUUUUCAGAAAGAUCUUAGCAUCUUGGGCAGUCUUGGACACUUUCCUAGAAACUCAAGGUAGCUUUUCAGGCCCAAAGCAAAAUUAUCAAAAUCAAAUUUUAGAAAAAAAGCAUGGGUAACAGCUAACAAAACAAUCCACUUUCUUUUGUUAGCUGAUCACAUUUAUCAUAUUAACUGCAGAACUAUUGAAACCUUGAUAUUUAAUUAAAACACAGCAGCUUUCUGUGCUGGUAAUAAUACCAAGGCUUUUGAGAAACAGACUCCAUGUCUCUCUGGAGAUGUGCAGACUGAGGAUACUUGAGAAACAAUGUGCUUAUAAUGAAUAUUUUCCUUAACUUUUUAUCCUUGUAAAUUGAUGCUAUCCUUUUAACAGUACAUAUAUACAAGGGCUUUGCGUGAGCUGGAAGUUAAUAGCAUACCAACUGUAGUGGUAUUAGCUGAGAGUAAUUUAUUGACCAAAACUCCAGAAAGAAGUGGAGUUAUAAGAGUUAAAGAGUAUCAUCAAAGUCUUAUUAUUCAGAGUGAUGGUAUGGUGGGCACUAAAGGUAGGUUCUCUCCCUUAAUGACAAAAACUUUAGCCUGCGGAAACAUCCGUUUCUCCUUACUCUUUGCCACUGGGGACGUUUUGCGCGGAGAAACGUCUGCGACUCAGCGACAGAAAUUCCAUACUGAUGACGUAAAAUCUGUCCGGAAUCCGGUCAGAAGCGCUGAUUGGUCAACGGAGUAGUUACAUUGUUUUAGCUAUUGUUUACGAAUGACAGACAAAAGACAAAAGGUCAUAAAGGUCAAAUGUAAACGUGAAGAAUCUCUAACAAAACAGUCAAUAUUUGUAGAAUAUAGUGUUCUCUAGAAGAAGCAUUUGAGUUUUGCUGGAGCUUAUUGGCACAUGAACACAACACUUCACCAAAAUCGACCAGAGGACACGUAAAAUUGGACAAAAAUAUAUUUGGAACCCCAUGACCACCGGAUUUAUUAUGUAAACAUUGAUUUGCGUCAUCAUUAUGGAAUUUCUGCCCCUGAGUCGCAGAUGUUUCUCUGCGCGAAACUUCCCCGCAGCGGCGAAGAGUGAGGAGAAACGGAUGUUUUCGCAGGCUACAAAAACUUAAGAUGGAAUCCAUCAGGGUAAUUUCAAUUUUCAGUUGACAAAAACCUUGUUCCAGAAUAAUUGAAAAACCUUGUUCCAGAAUAAUUUAAACAAUAUCGUGUUCUUUUUUUACAUUUUUCAAGGGCUAUAGAUAUUAGCUAUCUGUAAUAACACCAAAUACUAUUUCUCAUGGGAGCCCAAGAACAUUAAAUGUCAAAUUUCACAAGAAUUGUGAAAACACAGUUAAAAUUCUGAAAAUUUCAUGUGUAAGGUGUCAUUUUGUGAAAAUAUUUGACAUUUAUUUUCUCAGGCUCUCAUAAGAAAUUUUCUGUGGUGUUAUUACAGAUAACUAAUUAUAUCUAUAGCCCUUGAAAAAAUGUAAAAAAAGAAUGCGAUAUUGUUUGAAUUAUUCUGGUACAAGGUUUCUGUCUGCUGAAAAUUAAAAUUGCUCAAUUUCCUGAUGCAUUCCAUCUUAAACCCUUUUCAGCACCAAGAGUGACUGACCCCAGGGGAGGGGGGGGGAUCAAGGGAAGUCUGGGUAGAGCUGUGCUGCUGAGGCCUUCAAACCAUGACUCUGCUCAUUUGCCACCCUGUUUAAGACAGGAGACACUACUUUCUGACCCUGAUUUGUUUUGUUUCGCAUACAAAGUUAAGUGCUUUUUCACACUAAAAUCGUGGAAAUGGAUAUUAAGGAAAAAAAUGUUGGUAUUGCAAAUAUAGAUCGCUCCUCGCAAGUCUCGAAAGGCUUCCAGUCCAAAAAGACACCCUGUUCAAGAUGCUUACUAGUGAAAUUGUAUACCCUGUUCAAAACCAUACCCUGUUCAGUAACACAUACCUGCCUAGGCCAAUUAAGGGAGUGCUUCCCCCCCCCUCCCCCUUGGGUGACCAACAUCAAUUUCCUCCCAACAAUAUCAUUACAUAAUGAAUACAAAAGGUUAUGAGAAUUGCUUAAAUAAUCACCAAAGGAAAAAAUGUUUUGAUCCAUUAUCAAAUUCUCUCAACUAAUUAUAAGUUCUUUAAGGAAAUGUUGUUUUUAAAGAAAUAACAGCCUACAAAAUGCUCCAAUUCAUCAUAUCACACCAGGAUAAAACACAUUGAUUUUAAUGAUUUUAAUCCAGAAACAUUUAUUUGGUGAACAUUACUAAAUCGCGGUCAUGUUUCUGAGAACAAUAACCAUGGCUUACUGAUAACACACUAUCCAAUUUCUUUACUUAAGAUAUUUAUUUGUUUAAUUAAAUAUAUAUAUUUUUUACAGCUUUUAUGCAUUACUUUGAUAACCCUGGAGGACUUAUCCCUUCCUGGCUUAUAAACUGGGGUGCAAAGGUCUGUAUCGUUGAAUUAAUUACAGAGUGUAGUUUUGUCUGAAGGGCCUGAGUCACGUUUUUCGAGGCAGGGCUGUCAACUCUCCCAGAUAAUCCGGGAGACUCCAGGUUUUGAACUGAAGUCGCCGAAGUUUGCCAUUUCUUGAAGAAUUGACUUUUUGACAAUGAAAUUUCAAAUACUUUGUGUUGUUUGAGCUAUUUUACUGUUAACAGUGAACGUUUCCUCACAAACUUCAAUAUGUCAUUGUAAUAUAAGCAAUAAUGUGAUUGGUGGGAAGUAAGCCAAUUAGGUCAAAUGUUACAAAUUCCAAAACGUCUUUUUCGCGCGUUUUUUUUCACAAAUGACGUCACAUGCCGUGUGCAUUAUGAUGUCAUUUAUCAUCCCUCAGCCAUCAAUUCUCAAUAUUUGAAGACAUGGGAGGUUGACAGCCCUGUCAAGGGCACAUUAGCUGUCCCUGUGCAGUCGCUUGAGGGGCUUUCUUUCUGCCAGGAACUGGUAGCUAUUUUGAACCUUGGUAAAUCACAUGAAUAAUCAUGUAGCGUUGAAAUUACUUCCAAGUCCCCCUGCCUAAUAAUGCCCUAAUAAUACUCAGCAUGAGUUAUAUUUAGUGCUAAAAUAUAUUUAAAUGCAAAUUUUAAGAGACUCUAAAAGUGAACAACUCUAAAACUGUAAACAAUGUCCUCUUUCUUGCUAUAAUAUUAUUGCAUUUUAAUCCUUAUUAUUCAUCAUACAUGUAGCUAUGUGCCUAAGCUGAAAAUAUUUAAAGGAAUUCAAAAAUAAGCUUUAAUAAUAUAUAUUUUGUUAUCCUUGAUUUAUAAUAAUGUUUAUAUAUAAUAAUUUGAUGGUAGCAUUUUUUUUAAAAUAAAAGAAUAAUUCCCUGGAAAACCCUAAUAAUAAAAAUAUACAGUAAGCGAGUGAUUUUCUUACCAUGCAAUCAUUUUCUUAAAAAACUUUUAAGAUUUUCCAUUGUAAUCAGUCUGUAAUGAGAAGAGGUGAUAGUUUUUACUACUGUAUUUGGUUGUAUUAAAGAGGAACAACUUGCUUUGCUUUAUGUGAAGAGUAACCUCNAGUGAACAACUCUAAAACUGUAAACAAUGUCCUCUUUCUUGCUAUAAUAUUAUUGCAUUUUAAUCCUUAUUAUUCAUCAUACAUGUAGCUAUGUGCCUAAGCUGAAAAUAUUUAAAGGAAUUCAAAAAUAAGCUUUAAUAAUAUAUAUUUUGUUAUCCUUGAUUUAUAAUAAUGUUUAUAUAUAAUAAUUUGAUGGUAGCAUUUUUUUUUUAAAUAAAAGAAUAAUUCCCUGGAAAACCCUAAUAAUAAAAAUAUACAGUAAGCAAGUGAUUUUCUUACCAUGCAAUCAUUUUCUUAAAAAACUUUUAAGAUUUUCCAUAUUAAUCAGUCUGUAAUGAGAAGAGGUGAUAGUUUUUACUACUGUAUUUGGUUGUAUUAAAGAGGAACAACUUGCUUUGCUUUAUAUGAAGAGUAACCUCGUGUUCAUGUUCUGACGACAUGAAAGUGGUGUUUUGUUUUGUUUGUGUAGUUUCUUUUUUAUUUCCUCUUUUUUCUUCUCUUGGCUUGUUUUUCCUUUAUUCCUACUACUGGCUGUUAUCGUGAGCUUUGUGAGGUUCCAUGAGACACAUGUUUCUAGCAUUAACAUUAUAUAAUAAUGAUAAUAAUAAAUAAUAAGAAUAAUGGUUUAUUCACAGUAUAAUAUCCAUAAACUAAAAAUAUGGCUCUUCACCUGUGACUAACUACUACACUACCCAACCUACUAAUCUACUCAUCAGUUGGUUAUAAAUUAUCAUACUUACUACAAAACUAUGAACAUGCAGUGAAAUAAUAAAACGAUAAGUUCAAAAAUUCAGGAAAAACUAGUGAAAAGAAAAACUAUGGACAGUGAGAUGAUAAUCAAACAAUAAGUUCCAAAAUUGAGAAAAACGAGUGAAAAGGUCACAAAGAAUGCAGCCUUGCCCUUGCCUUGGUUUUAAGGUGAUUUGUCAACUGACUCUUGAAAUAACUAAAUUCUGUGGAGAUGUUACUGGUCAAAAUUAUAUUCAGGUUAAAAUUUUAACCUAUAUUGAUUCUCAAUAGACCUAUUCGGCUAACUCAGGUCAAUAUUGUACCCAAUUCAAAUCUCCCAGGGUUAAGAUUCUUUGUGUACUAUAUUUGCAUUAUAAUGUUGCAUUCACAUUUAAAUGAUAUGGAAAUUCCUGAAACAAAACGUUUUAUCCCCAAAGGGUUUGUAUUGGGUACAACAUUUAGUUAGCUGAAUAGGUCUAUUUCCUUGGUUUCCCUAAUUCAUAAUAAUUUAGGCUAGGAGGCGAGGUAAACAGAGAAUCAACCUCGAUUAAAAAUUUUAAUCUGUAACAAAGCCAAAAAAAGUAAAAGAAAAUCAACAAUCUUUUUAAAUCCCCCAGCUUAACCACAAUAUAUUCACAGCUGUAAAUAGGAACUACCUAUCUAAGUAGACAACAUAUAUUUUUUGUGUACUUCAUUAUUCAUAAUUUUUGGACUGGCUUUGCCGAUAUCAAUAAUUUAUUACGCAGAACACCAUAAAGGUGGGCUUGGUUAUUAAAAAUACAUUUUUAAAAGAAAGUGACUGCUUUUAUCCUUGUGGAGUGUUAAUAUCAGUUACAGAUAUGAUAUUUCAAAAGUCAAAUGUCAAGCUUAUUACUGCAUGUUUUAUUGAGAGUCUGGACAGUUAAUGUCUUUUUAAAAGCUACUAUACACUAUACACUGUAUAUAGUGCAAGGAUCCAAUAUAUUGCCCACUUAGGAGACAACUUUACUUGUCUGCCGAGGCAUUUAUUACUGUCUGGUAUUAAGGGCUUUAAUUUCUUUAGUUAAUUAAGUGCAUAAAAUGUUGAUAUGCAAUUAAUCUUCAAAUAUUAUGUCUUUUGAUUAAUAUUUGUAAAAUAAGCUAAGACUUAUAAAAAUCUGUGGUUAUUGAUCAUAAUUUUGCAGGUAUGGUUGGUUUGUACUGCUUUUAUUCUUUUCUGAGAGAGAAUAUUCACAUUUCAUUUUUCAAUUGCUUUUUUUCUUGACAUUUUUUUUACAAAUAUCACCAUUUGUUUUAAUCUGAGGGGUGUCAUUUUAUGCUACUUUUUUUUCUCAAUAUUUUUAAAGAACCUUUUUUAAUUUAGAGCGUCUUUGUAGUUCAAAUUCACCUGGAUUUAAACUAAGCUAAAAGUAUAUUUUUCUUUAAUUUCGGCUAGGUGCAUCAUACUUCAAUUAAGUCAUCCUGUAAGCUUGCCAGGCAUGUGUUCCAAACUAACCAUAAUAUUUAAGAUAACUAUUGUAUUUUACUACUGACUGAUACUAUCUGUAGCCUAUAUGAGUUUGAUAAAGGAAGAAUUAACAGACCAAAAAAAAUUAAUGUAUUCCAAAGAAAUUUGAUAUGAUAAGGUGCUUAAUGCGUGUCAGUUUUCUGAAGUUCUAUUCUGUAUGAUGUUAAAACAUAUGCUAAGCAAGUUUCAGGCUCUAAACACACAAACACACAUACCGACAAACACAAAAAAUAAAAUAAAAAAUAAAAUGUAAGAAAAGUCAGUUUCAGCUAUUAUAUUGCCGGUGGAUGACAUGAUACCUUGUAUUCUGCAAAAAGUCACUUAACCUUUAAUUUUGAUUUAACAACUGGUUGGUAAGUAAGAAAAGGGUAAUUUUAUGAUAGGAAAUAUAGGUAUCUACUUUCAAACAUUAAAGUUCUUGAUUGGCUGAAGAAUAUUACAAUUAUUAUUAUAUCUAUUUUUAUUCUUUAAGACAAUAGUUUCUUUGAAUAUUAAUAUUCAAGAUUAACAACUACAGCUGCUGGUUAAUUUCAACAAUCAAUUAACUUGUUUUUACUCGGACCAUUAAAACUUAUCAUCAUUCAUCAUGGCUAAUGAUGGCAAUGGCGAUUUACGAAUGCAUAAUAAAUAACAGUUGUUUAAAAUUAUUUUUGCUUCAUCUUUUUUUAUGGUAAGCUGGUUGAAUUUAUCACAGCUAAUCAAUCAUUGUUAUCUGCUAUGUUAAUGCCACAAUAUACUACAGUAGUUUCCAUUGUAAAAUGAUGUCUUAAAAGGAAAUAAAUCAUAUAUGAACUGUGGGUAUAUGAUAUAUGAUAUGAUUUCUAUAGUGUUAUCAAUGCAAUGAAUUAAUGCAAUCACGGUGAAAAAAGCUGGAAGUUAAAAAGUCCUGUGUUUUUCAGGCUUCUAAAUUAAUAAAAAUCACUUGUAGUUUUAUGUUCAAAACAUCAUUUAAUUUGUCUGCCACAUAUUUUGAUAACUUGGAUAAAGUACAGAAUGACAAAUUCUAGAAGCAAAAAUAUAUCACCUGGCCCUGGUUGUUCAAACAUCGGAUAGUGUUAUCCACGGGAUGAAUCCUGUAUGGCUUAAAAAAUGAACGUUUUGUGCAGCACUCUCUGGCAUAGCACAAUUUGGCUAUCAAGCAGACUUUCAUCGUAAAAAUGCUGCACCUUAUAACCAAAAAAUGUGGUAUUUUAAAACCUUACCAUAGUCCUAUAUAAACAUUAAUUAUUAAAUUAUUAUUAUUAUUAUUAUUAUCGUACAAAAUGAAAUUUGUGAUCUGUUUUUUUAAAUUUUGUUUUCGUUGGGGUAGCUUUUGCUAGGUUCUCAGAUAGUAGGGAUGUCACAGAAACAAGCCAAGGGAAAAAAAGUGUCACUUUUCAUGACUUGGGCACAUUGCUAUCUUGGAGCCUGGAAAAAAACUAAUUUGGGUUGAGCUUGGGAGUUUACAUGAAAGGCUUGUCUUUCUGGCAACAGAGUCACAGUUAGGGUAUUAACUGAAGUAAAAACAAUGGCAUCGUUAUGGCCUUUAGAGAGAAACCAAAAAUUAAGUGAGGAGUAAGUGGAGGCAGGACUUGAUGCAAGAAAAUUGGAGUUGCAAGAAUCGCAACGUUUUGAUUCUCUUAUAACAAUUUAUUAUGAUUAUGACUGCCUUGCUUGUGAUCUUGAAAAAAAAAGUGCCCUUAAAACUCUGACAGUCUAGUUUUCAUUAGAUUGUACAUGUAAGUGAUGGAGUCGUGAACAGAAUAAAAAAAACUCUACUUACGACUAUGUUGGUUUGAUUUUCACUACAUUUUUUUUGCUCUACACUUCUGAUUACAAUAACUUUUUCAUAAAUGGAAAUAAAACUAGUGUAAAGAUACUCUGAUACUAAUUAAUAUACUGUUUGAUUUCUUUGUAGACAGGAGUACCUACAUUCCUGAAUUCCAUGAGAAAGGCCUGUCUAGGUUAUAAAGAGUAUUUUUCCAAAAAAUGACUGCUGUU